AAGCCCUAGACUUAUAUGUCAAACCGCAGGGGGAGUGGAAAGUGCCAAUUAUCAAGUCAUCAGCUGGUAAAAAAGAAAUGGAUAACGAAGAAAAGAAAGGUGAUAUAGAAGAAGUAGUUAUGCGUUUUUUGACCUCGAAGGAUAAACUUACUUCAGAUGAUAAGAAGACUCUGGAGAAUGCAGCCAAUGAAUUUUUGGAUUCAAAAGAAAGAAAGCCGCUAAUUGAGUUAAUUGAUAGCUUUUUUGUGAAGGAGAAUAAAUUAACUUUAGAAGAUAUAAAUGUACUGAAUGUCGCAAUUAAUCAAUUUUUGGCUUUAAAGGAUCAGGCGGCUUUGAAGCUUCUGGAGAUUGCGAUAAAUGAAUUUUUAGAUUCAUCAAAAGAUGAGAGAGUAUUAAAAAAUACAAUUCGUAAUUUUUUGGAAA